CUUGGAAGGAGAUGAGAGGUGGUAAGAGAGAAUAUUAUCUCGCUGUUUGGCUUUUUUAACACUCUGUGAUUGUAGUGAUUAUUCUGUAUAUCCUACCUGGCUCACCAUUAAAAUAACAGUUUGUCUUAACACACAGCUUUUGAGGAAUGUGUACCAUGUUUUCUAUACGCUUGCCAAGUAGGGCAGUAACUUUAGACGUGUGACGUGUUGGAAAAACCUGUCAAACUGUUACUUUCAGCCCUCCUUCCUUACAGUAUGUUAUAAAUCGUUUGUCUCUGAUGUCUAAUUGCAUAGUAAAAGCUGCCAGCAGGCAAAGGGACAAAGUGCAUUUAGAUGUCGGAGGUCGCCCCUCGAUAGAGCUUGAUGGGUUUUCUUAACCCUUCAAUGAUGGAGGUCAGUUAUUGCGCUCAUAAAGCUGUCUGGUGAACUGCCUUAUAGGGUCAUUCUCGGCGGAGACUCGCCAGCUUGUCGCUGCCAUGUUUGGGUCUCACCCAACUCUCACUAAUGCUGCAGUAACUUCAUCUUUCCACCUCUAGUGCACCCUCCAUCCGCCCUUCCUCUCCUCCCUCUCCAGUCUUUGUAUCUCAGGUGUGUGUUUGUCCUGUGAGCAGUGAUGGGGGACUGGAGUCUCCUGGGAAAUUUCCUAGAGGAGGUCCAGGAACACUCCACCUCAGUCGGGAAGGUCUGGCUCACUGUCCUCUUCAUCUUCCGCAUCCUGGUGCUGGGCACAGCAGCCGAGUCCUCGUGGGGCGACGAGCAGAGCGACUUCCUGUGCGACACUCAGCAACCCGGUUGCACCAACGUUUGUUAUGAUAGCGCCUUCCCCAUCGCCCACAUCCGCUACUGGGUGCUGCAGAUCGUUUUUGUCUCCACGCCAUCCCUCAUCUACAUGGGCCAUGCCAUGCACAUUGUGCGCAGGGAGGAGAAGCUGCGCAAGAAGGAGCAGGAGGAGAGGGAGGAGAGAGGGGAAGGCGGAGGAGACCUGGAGGAGGAGAAGGAGUACCUCCAGCAGAAGGAGAGUGGAAAAACAAUGACGUCUGAUGGGACUGGCCGUGUUCGCCUAAAAGGAGCGCUGCUGCAGACUUAUAUCCUGAGCAUCCUGAUCCGCACAGUGAUGGAGGUGACAUUUAUUGUGGUGCAGUACAUGAUCUAUGGGGUGUUCCUCAGGGCCUUGUACCUGUGCAAGGCCUGGCCCUGCCCCAACCCUGUCAACUGCUACAUGUCCCGACCCACAGAAAAGAACGUCUUCAUCAUCUUCAUGCUGGUGGUGGCCGGUGUGUCUCUGCUGCUGUCUGUGUUGGAGCUCUACCACCUUGGUUGGAAGAGCGCCAGGAAGUGUCGCCAAAAGAUGAUGCAGAAGAGCAAACACAGAGCUGUGACUGUGGCCGUGUCCACAGACUUGGAGCCAAACAGCCCACCUCGGCCCUCGGCCUCCUGCACCCCACCCCCUGACUUCAGCCAGUGCCUGGCAGCCCCGAGCUCCAUGAACCCCAUGACCUCUAUGGCCUCUCAUCCCUUCAACAACAGGAUGGCGCUGCAGCAGAACUCUGUCAACUUGGCCACCGAGCGGCAUCACAGCUGCGACAACCUAGAGGACGAGGAAGACUUCUUGAGGAUGAGAUACGACCAAGCGCCCACAGAGCUGCCCAACAGCUGCUCCCCGUCACCUCUGCUGCACUCCGGCUACAUGAAGGACAAACGCCGCCUGAGCAAGACCAGCGGGAGCAGCAGCCGGGCUCGCCAGGAUGACCUGGCAGUAUAGACUCACAACCAGAAAGAGUAGCUGGCGAGGGGAGACGAGGAGGAACUGAACCUUCAGGACCAACAGUAGGAACAGAAAGAUCAGUUUAGGAAGAAGUUGAAGCGGUCAGAAUGUGAGCCAAGAUAAUUAUGCAAACUCUGGCACUGAAGCUUGACACAUAACUACAGAGGAUGAACUAAAUGAGACACUGAGAUGUGUGAGUGGACCACGUAAGCUUGACAUGCAUGAGCUCUGUGAGCAGAUAGUGUUUGUGAACCAAUCUGUCCGCCGAGCUCAAAAAACCAAACUGCAAAAGAAAAAUAAUUUUGAAAUGAGAACAGGGUAACAGGUGUGACACCUGGCUAUUGCACAUUUUAUGUUAGAGUUGAACCGUUAAAGCCAAAAACUAAGAGAGAUGAAGAGAUUAUUAAGUGAGAAUGACAUGAUGCUUUAUUUGAGAUGAUUCAGAGAAAAAACAUUUCAUUAGAAACCAAAAUAUGAAACACGUCUAACUAUUCAAUUAAUUGGAUUAAUCAUAUGAUCAGGUUGUGACUAUAGCAGAACCAACUGUUUUCUCUUUCCUGCUGCAAAAAAAAUAGAGAUGCAUCUAGAGAAACCAAGAACUUAAAGGUACAGUGAGUAGGAUUUAGUGGCAUCUAGUGGUGAAAACUGCAGAUUGCAGUCAGAUAAAAAUUUUGCACACUGAGGGCCAAAUUCACAAAAGGAUUGCGUGGCUUUUGCGGCCGCUAAACCGGUAAA